UUUAUAUAUAUAACAAGUAAAAAAAUUUGAGAGAGAGAGUGAGAGAGAAAGAGACUAGUAUAAUAUUUUUUAAAGAGAAUUGUUCUUCAUGAUCACCAUCUAUUCUGGGUGAGGUAAGAGGAGACGAAGACAUAAGAAAAACUCAUUCUCUCUCUCUCAACACAAAAAUAUGACACUAAAGUCUCAUCAUGAUCGUUUGCUCAUGAUCAUCCUCAUCAACAUUAAGUCAGGCCUAACAGAUUGAUCACAAAAGAGAUCUAUAUAUAGAUACGCGAUCAUGGCGGCCGAGAUGAUGAGAUCAAGUACUACUACUAGUGAUGACCACGAUGCAGGUUCUUCUCAGGUUUCAAAGACAAACAAUAAUCAGGACUACAAUACUCUGGAGCAUAUUGAUGAAGAAGAAGAAGAAGACGAAGACGAAGACGAAGAUGAAGAUAAUGAAGAUAGGAAGAAUGAGCAGAGCUCGAGCAAUAGCACAGUUGAAGAAAAUGGAUCGAAGAAGCAGCAGGGAGCUACUUCUGGUGGAUCUGUAAGGCAAUAUGUUCGUUCCAAGACUCCAAGGCUUCGCUGGACUCCCGAUCUGCAUCUUUGCUUUGUUCGAGCAGUUGAAAGAUUAGGAGGACAAGAUAGAGCUACACCAAAGCUGGUUCUUCAAUUGAUGAACAUAAAGGGCCUUAGCAUAGCUCAUGUCAAGAGUCAUCUUCAAAUGUAUAGAAGCAAGAAGAUAGAAGACCCAAAUCAAGUUCUUUCAGAACAAGGAUUUUUCUUGGAAGCAGGAAGAGAACAUCAUCACCACAUUUACAACCUCAGCCAACUCCCAAUGCUACAAAGUUUCAAUCAAUGGCCUAAUUCAAGUUUAAUCAGAUCCUCAUAUGGUGAUUCUUCAUGGAGAUCAUCAUCAGGCCGUGACCACCAGAUUUAUAAUAAUAAUAACUCAGUUAGGGCUGCUCUUGACAGUGCCAACAACAGAUCAUCAUCAUCAUCGUCAUCAGUACAUGGAUCAGUUCAAGGAUUCAAUUACGUUGCAGAGAGAUUAUUACUCAGAAAUAAUAAUCAUAGUAAUAAUACACUGCUUAUUACGAGUAAUAAUUUUUCAUCUUUGAAUAAUAGUGCUAGUUGGAGAUCAAUGCAGCAAGGUCAUCAUCAAAACGAAUCGCUUCAAAGAUCAUCAUGGCCGAGAUCAUCAUCAUCAACCCGAUUCGGUCACACCACAUCAUCAAUGGAAGAUCAUCAUCACAAUCAUAAUAAUAUCGUGCCAAAGAAAUCUCAUCAGUCGUCAAAGCAAGAAGGUGAUAAUAUUCUGAAAAGAAAGGCAUUGGAUUCUGAUCAAUAUGGUCAUGAUGAGUUGGAUUUGGACUUGUCUUUGAAAUUGACACCAAAUAAUAGUACUAAUAAUAAUAAAGAGAGAAUUGGGGGUGGAUUGUUAGAAAUGGAUCAAGAAAUAGAUACAAGCACUAGUUUGGGCCUUUCUUUGUCCCCAUCUUCGUCCUCAAAGCUUACCAAGUUGAAUAAUAUUAAUGGAGGUGGUCAUGUUAUUAGAAGUAGCAGUAGUACUGGUAAUGGUAGUGGUAGUGGUAGUGGAUUAAUAAUGAAUAAUAGGAGGUUAAUGGGAACGAGUACUCUUGAUCUGACUUUAUGAAUGAGACAAUUCUGAGUGAGAUCUUGAGGUACUUGUUUCCAGUAUAUGGGGUUAAUAUAGAUCAUUAUUUGAUCAUCAUUAUAUAUAUAUUAUUUGUCAUCUUGAAUGUGUAACAUCCAUCUACUCUAUAUAGCUAAAUUACAAGGUAUAACAGUCAUCCUUAUUUUCACUGUUUUCAA